UCGAGCCGUCAGUACGCCCCACCAGUCUCACUCGGCUCCUCCUUCCGUCGACAACGGCGUUAUGCCAACCCCGUCUCUAGCCGCGAUCGCCCACCGACAUGUCAACAUAGCCCGCUCAAAAUUUAAAUCGAUGCCCUGUUGAUUUUGGAUUUUUGACUAAAAAAAGGGACCAUGGCCGCCACUGAAUGGAUUACCGCUUUUGACAAAAGGCCCAGCGAGAGGACGUGCAGGGACGUGGACUUGAUCUGCGGCCGGCUAAGGAGGAUCGACUCUCUAGCGAGGAUACCGCAGUCCUUGCUUAACAACCUAGCUCACCUCGCCUUCUACGAAGACCUGGAAAAAGGAGUUACGCUGUUUCGCCAAGGAGAAAUCGGAACGUCCUGGUAUGUCAUCCUUACCGGUAGUGUUGAAGUCAAAGUCAAUCAGGAAAAG